UGUGGAGCACUUUGUGCGAUAACUUUAACUUUGUAAAUACCUCAGUUAACAUUCAUUGCAUUGUGUUUGUAUCAUUUUAUUAUUAUUUUUCUUUCCUUUAUCUUUAUUGUCGUUCACAUCUUUUCGAUAACAAUCCUCGGUCCCAAAACGGCAAUCGGCCCGUGAAGUUAAACGCUCCGCCGCACCUGAGUUUAAUUCUACAGCGCCAUCUUCUGGUAGGAAAUAUUUUGCAACGAAGAAAAGUUUAAACGCCGGCAAGAAUUUGAAAGGACUUAAAAAAACAUUUUUGAAAAGAUGGGGUGUCAGCUGAUUGUUGCUGUUCUACUUGUUUUUUCUCAAUGAUUUCUCUGCUUCUCUUGUUCUCUUCUGUUCUCCUUUUUCUGUUACUCGAUCUCUCGUAUCCAGCGCCGCUGCUCGUAAUUCGUCCUUUUGCAGAUCGGUACGCAUUUUUAAUCAUGAAGUACACUGAAAUAAAAUAAAAAUAAGACGCCAGUACGGCAACCGUGUGAGAAAGCGGGCUUACACGCAGGAUGCUUGUUUCUCUGUGCCCGCCACGUGGUUGCUAAUCAAGCCCACUUGAGCCCCGCCCACCCGGAAGUGACUGGCGAGCCUUUCACUUUUAAAUUUCAACGCCGACCUGUGAGUCUGGAUCGUCGUUCACGAUGGCGGCAUUUCGGCUUUCUCUGUCCGCUGAUCGGUACUCGUGCUCGGUGUGUCUGGACGUCCUGAAGGAGCCCGUCACCAUCCCGUGUGGACACAACUACUGUAUGCGCUGUAUUAAUAACUACUGGGACCAGUCGGAUAAAGAGGGGACUUAUAACUGUCCUCAGUGCCGAAGAACAUUUCACGUGAGACCAGAGCUCAACAAAAACGCAAUGUUAAAGGAUAUCAUAGAGAAAUUUAAAUCCAUGGAAGUCGAUGUCGACCCGCCUCGGAGUUACGCCGGACCGGACGAUGUCCCCUGUGAUGUUUGUCCAGUUAGAAGACGGAGCGCCGUGAAGACCUGCAUGACCUGCAUGAUCUCCUACUGUGAGACUCACCUGCAGCCACACAAGGAGCAUGGCGCCUACAAACGACACAAGCUGGAGGAGCCGACUGGACACCUGGAAGGGAAACUCUGCGCAAAACACCAGAAAGUUCUGGAAAUCUUCUGUCGUACCGACGAGACCUGCGUCUGCUUAAUGUGUGCGGUGACCGAACACAAGAGUCACGACACGGUGACACCUGAGGAGGAGAGAGCGGUGAGACAGACUCGGCUGGAAAACAAAAAGGCUGAAAUAAAGAGUGAAAUGGAGGAGAAGGAGGAGAAAAUGGAGGAGAUCAAGAAGACGGUGGUGAGGAUUCAGCGCACUGCUGAGAAGGAAGUGCAGGAACAUGAGGAGACCUUCAGGGCUGUGCUUGAAUCCAUUGAGAGGCUGAGGUCAGAGGUCACCAAGGUCAUUAGAGAGUACGAGAGGAGGGAAGUGAGGAAGGCCGAAGAGCUCAUCGAGCAACUGGAGAAGGAGAUUGAGGCCCUGAAGAGGAGAGAUGCUGAGCUGGCUGAGCUCUCACAGACAGACGACCACAUCCACUUCUUAAAGAAGUCUCUGUCUUUCUGUGACCCUCCUAGACAGGAAGAAGUGUCUGACAUCACCAUCAAUAGAGAUUUUCUUCCGAGGACUCUGAGGACACGUCUGUCUGACCUGAGAAAGAGUCUGGAGGAAGCCAAUGAUUGGGAGUUAGUGAAGACCAGUGAGACCGGAGCUGAUGAUUCAAAUCACAUCCUGCAGAACCUGAGAUGUAGAAAUCACCUUUUAAAAUACUCCCGUCCGCUCACCCUGGACCCCAACACAGCACACAGACUCCUCCGCCUGUCUGAAGACAACAGGAAGGUGACAUGUGAGGUGACCGAGAGCCCGUAUCCUGAUCACCCUGAUAGAUUUGAUCAUUGGUGCCAAGUUCUGUGCACAGAGGCAUUGAGUGGAACCCGCUGCUACUGGGAGGUCAAGUGCAGUGCGGGCAAGACAGGAGUUGGAGUCGCAUGUAAAGGAAUUAACAGGAAAGAAGAUGGUAACAAGAGCCGCUUGGGGUGUAAUGACAAAUCCUGGAUUUUGUGCUGCCGUGGUUCUGUUUACUCUUUCUGGUAUAACAACAUAUGUACUAAAAUUAGCGCCCCCUGCAGUCACACAAUAGGCGUCUAUCUGGACUAUCCCGGUGGCUCGCUGUCCUUUUAUGGAAUCUCGGACACAAUGAACCUCCUCCACAGGUGUAAGACCACCUUUGAUGAGCCACUGUAUCCAUCGUUUGAAGCGGUACCAGACUCUAGUGUGACAAUCUGCUCUCUCAAGCCAUCUGACCAUUAAUCAACGUCGUCUGCAGGUCACCUCACAUUUCUGGCACGCAGGCUAUCUUGUAACUUUGAAGACGAGGAAAAUUCCAGAAGUCAUGCUGGAGUUCAUUUGUCAUUUCAUACUUUGUACCUCACUCUCGCACAUACACAAACACAUUGGAUUUUCUCCUACUAAGGUGACUCUUCAUAGCCAUGUUUGGCAAAGCCACCAUCCUUCAAUGUGAAUAUCAGCAUUGAUUAAAAACGAAGAGAAUGGACAACGGGCAGCUAAGUUCCAUUCAUGGAUCAUCAAACUGAAAGCCCCAUGCCAUUUGGAGACCCCGCUCUUCACCCCAGUUUGUGUUCAGUACUCUCAAUGACCACAAGUUGGCAACCACUUAAUAGUUUAAAAUUAAAACUCGGCCGAAUCCCGAACUGGGAGCAAAGCUGUUUGGGACAGAUGUGACAUGAGAGCCGAGUCCUUGUCAUUUGCAAUUUUGUUUUUAAUUUAAUUUGGGGUGUAAAUGUUAAUGAAUGAGUGUAAAGAGAGGUCAGGAGUUUCUGGGCCACUGGCUCUGCUUGUUUUAUUGCAUAGCGGUCAGCCGUCUUGCCUUGGUCAGGGUCAGUGUGGAGUUUCCGUGUAGUCUCGGCGUUCAUUUGUUUCACUGAGUCUUUCACUGUACCCCCUGAAGUCUCACAAACCUUAGUUUUAGAUCUCCUCCCCUCUCUAAAGUGGCACAAUGGCUGUUGUGUGAGUGCAAAAUUCAAGGUCAACUCCUGCCUUGCUAAUCUGAGACACCGAGACUCCCACUAUUGUGUCGUUAUGUAUUAAAUAUGGGAAAUGUCACGAGUGAGACUUGAAAAGUGAGUUUCUAAUAAAACAAGCCCAGAUGUCAUCUGUUCUUCCACGUCUCUGUUAUUGUAUUGCCCUCUUUAACCAAGUUUGGACUUGUGAAGAUCAGCGUUGUAGUCAAAGAGAUAAUAAAGCAGAAAAUGACUUUCCUCAAUUUCAUACUGUACUGUGUAAAUGAAACAAUCCUUUAGAUGAAGUCAAAUGUUUAGUAACCCUAAUAAAAGCACAUCUUACGUA